AUGAAUACGAAAGGAACUUGGUCCGGCAAUGUCCGGCAUCAGGAGCGAGAAGAUGAUAGUAUGCUGCAGCUUCAUCACAAAGGUGAUAGCAAAUGCACAGGGAAGCACGCAGAUCCGUUUGCAACCAGUUCUCGGGUGGAGUGCUGCGAAGGUUUGGAGAUGUGUUUGGGCCACUUUGGCGGUGGCUGGAGCUACAGGUGUUUCGCUUCCUGUACUGGGACGUGCACGCUCCGGGGUGACAACCCUUAUGCCUCUGGCACAUUCCUUGAAUGUUGCCCGGGAUUGCAGCCAUGCGAUGGAGAUUGGAACAUGGAUGGCUCAUGGUCACAAAAGUGCUAUAACAAGUGCGACAUGGGCGAAUAUCAUCCUUACUUUGACACCACACCUGACUAUUUGAACAUAGCUGCAGGAGCAGCUGGUGUGAAAGGCAACCCAGGCAAGAAGUCAGACAACUACUACCUUGUGAUUGGGGAUAACGGUGGUUGCGCUGGUGGAUGCGACGGAUGUGGCGGCUGGCAGAAGCAAGUUGCAGCCAAGAUGAAAUCCUACGUGACGGAUCGGAAAACUCGGAACCCAAAUUCCAAGCUCCUGUUCAUCAUUCUGGUGGGAGACAACUUCUACUGGAACGGCGUGUCAGACAACCGUUUUGAACUGACAUGGAAAGAUAUUUAUGAAGAGCUCGCCACAGACUACCCAUGGUUCGUCAUUUUGGGAAAUCAUGAUUUUGGAAAUGCAGAUCCUGCUUGCUUGUGCCCUUUCUUCCAUUCACGCAUGACAUGCUCUGGCAUUGGUAGUGGAUGCGGUGGCGCAGCUCCAUUUUCCAAUAAAUCUCAGACAUAUGCUUGCAAUCAGCUCAACGUCGACAAGGGCGGUAUUGGUGGCAACACCAGAACAAACUUCCACAUCCCAGACUUCAUGUUUUUCUACACAAUACCAGACUUGGAUUUUGAAAUGAUCGGCAUGGACUACAACUACUAUGAUUUCGAUGGCUUGGGAGGCAACGGCUACCGCCAAGGAGGAGGUGCCCGUGAUGUAGCCAAAGCGUGUGGAGGAACGGAGCGAGUGCACGAUAGUCUGGCCAGACUCAGAGAUGCUUCCAAUAAGAUUUUGAAAAUUCGCGCAGAUGCCGCGGUUUCGACCAAUGUGGCGAUCUUCGGCCACUACCCUGAUUGGGCUCAAGACGGUAUCAACCUGCGAAAAAAGUUUUUGGACGAAGUUUCCAAUCAACAAAGACCAGGCAAGCGUGUCUUGAACUUUUAUGGCCACACCCACAUCCAGCAGUGUGACAGACAUGCAGAAGAGGGCUACGAUGGCUGCACUGACUUUUUAACUGGUGGAGCUGGUGGCUGCUGCGGAGACACUCCCGCAGGGUUCACUGCCAUUACCUUUGGAGAUGAUGGAAAGCAGAUCACAGAGUGCUUUGUGGACGAACCUUGCACGAUUGCGCACUGGCCAACAUUGGUUCAGGCCAAUGUCUCUGUGGAAUCCCAUCAAUUCCAUCAGGCUCAGGAUGACGUUGCUUGGCCUUGGAUGUUUGUUUCACUUCCUUGA